GUGUUUGCCGACUGAGUGUCGGCGGCGGAACGGGGGGCGCCGCAGUGUCCUCCUGGCGUCUCUGUAGGGAAGUAGUUCCUUGGCACUCCAGGCCGCCCACUUACCAUCAUGCCGCCCAUUGCCGGCUACUCAGUAUGACUAGCGUUCGAGCAAGGUGUGGAAAAAGAAAACAAAACUCAUCUUGGGUCAUAAGAUCAACCUAGUCAUGAACACUCGUCCUGUCUAGUCCUGUUCAUUGCCCCCUCCCCACCACCACCACCACCGCUGCUGCCCUCCCCACGUGCCCUCUACUCAGCCAAAAUGAAGCUGGACAAACAGAUCUCGAAGGACGGAGAUAACAAAGACGAUGAACGCAAGGAGGUAAAGAUGGAGAAAGAAACGAAGGAGGAGGUGAACGAGCGCCUCGCCGGAACCUCCUCGGCCUGCCCGGAGCUGCCCGACAAGACGCACCAGGAGCAAUACAGCAAGAUAUCCUUUGACGAUGGCACGGAGAAGACUGACGAAGGGCAAGGGGAGAAGGCCCUGAAGGACCAAUUGGAGAUGUCAAGAAUGGACUCCAAACUGGCACUGGUCAACCUGGAGACAAUCAGGGAAGGCGAGGUGCUAGAGAUUCCCCCCGACACCGCCUCCCCUCCAGCGCAUGGGACUACUCCGUGGGCGAAAUUCUACUUCGAAGACAACACGAGUGAGUUUGAAGGUCGCGAUGAUGGAGGUCAUGGUCAAAACCAGUAUGAGUAUGACGACGAUGCUGCCUCAGUCACCUCACUACCUGGAGAACUUCCGCCCCCCCCUGAUGGCGGGUGGGGGUGGGUGAUUGUGGCCGUGUCCUUCCUCAGUAAUGCUAUAGUGGACGGCAUAGCAUACUCCUUUAGCCCCUUCUUGGACACCAUCUCAACGCAGUUUGAUGCUCCGAAAGGGAAGGUUGCAUGGAUCCCAUCCCUCCUGGCUGGAGUCUAUCUCAGUGCAGGGCCCAUUGUCUCUGCACUGACCAACAAAUUUGGCUGCAGACCUGUAUGCAUAGUGGGUGGCCUUAUAGCCUCAUUUGCAUACUUUCUGACUAUAUUUGCCGAUUCAGUGGAGUACCUCAUGGUCUUUCAAGGAAUUUUGGGAGGGCUAGGCUUUGGGUUAGUCUACUUGCCUGCAGUGGUGUGUGUGGGGUACUACUUUGAGUCCAAGCGAGCCCUGGCCACUGGGAUUGCUGUGUGUGGGUCUGGCAUUGGCACUAUGAUAUUCCCACCACUGUUGAACCUCAUGAUCUCCACCUUCUCAUGGCAAGGCACCCACCUCCUCAUUGCUGGCUUCAUCCUCAAUUGCUGUUGGUUUGGAGCCCUCAUGCGACCUUUGGAGGUGCCACGUAUGAAGAAGAAGGAUCUUCUCCAGCGCCUUGCAGAGGAGAAACGUGCGGCAAUGGAUGGCGGCUCCCUGUGUGAUUCCACCUACCUUACUUACACCCAUCCAGAUGGCUUUGUUGAGCGCAGGGCAAAGAAAGGUAUGAAUCCUGAUCCAGGUGUACACUCUCACCUGAAUUUGUCUGGCUAUUUGACCCCAGUACCAACAAGCUUAACCUUGCCCACCAUCCAGGAGACUCAGGGCAACACUCCACCUGACAAGGAGUCCCCACUGGCAGCCGCUGACACACCCUCCACACCUGCUCCAGAGAAUACUCAAACCAAUGGUCAGGAGAGUCAGACCCUGAUUGGAUCAGGAGGAGAGAGUCACCCACUUCCGGCGAGGGUUGCUGCGCUUGCCUCAGCUACCAAGAUGCCUCGUAACUGUUCCCAGCCUGCCAUGAAUCUAGGCUCUUCUGGUGUCAUCCCCAAGAAUGGAUCAGUCCCUAACUUUGAGAGGAGAUUAUCUAAAGUGGAGUAUGCUAGCACCAUGAAGGUGGUACCAGCCACUCCCAAGGCCUCUUCCUCAAACCUGCGAGCACUUGGAUCACAGGAGAUGCGGCGAAUGUCAGGAGGUUACGGGCGGGUCAACUCCAAUAGCUCCUUUGCAGAUGUAGAUUCUGCUGUCCUCAAGAUCCGACGCUCAUCUUCAAGAUCAAUGAUGCUUCGGCCAAUGUCUCGCCAAGAUAUAUUUUACUCAGGAAGUAUUGCCAACCUGCGGGAGUUCAAGUCUCAAGCCUCUAUGCUGUCAUACCGAGAGUCAGCACUGAACCUGCAAGGGACGGGAGCCUCCAGGGUGGUGCUGGAUGCUUUGGAUGGACCUGAUGAGUCUGAUGAGAAGUGUGCUUGUCUCCCAGAAUCCAUCAGGGGUACUCUAGGUCAGAUGAUGGACUUUUCCCUACUCAAAAAUCCCAUCUUUCUUCUUAUUGGAGUGGCAAAUCUCUUUGGAAUGCUGGGCUUCUACACUCCAUUUGUGUACCUCCCAUCAGCAGCUAUGGAAAAGGGCGUGGAACCAGAAUAUGCUACUUUCCUCAUCUCACUCAUUGGCAUCACUAACACAAUUGGCCGAGUCUUAUCUGGCUUCAUAGCUGAUUUGCCGUGGGUCAGCCCAUUGUGGAUCAACAACAUCUGUAUCAUCUUGUCGGGCGUGUGUGUCUUCUUUACUCCCUUUGCAAGUUCCUACGCCUCCUUCGUGACCCUCUCCCUCUUCUUUGGAUUCUUUGUCUCUGCCUACAUCUCCCUCUCGUCAAUCAUCUUGGUUCAACUUCUGGGACUGUCGCAGCUCACCAAUGCUUUUGGGCUGCUGAUCUUGUUCCGAGGGUCAGCCUCCAUGGUGGGGGCUCCCAUUUCAGGAAGCAUCUAUGAUGCCACACAGAGUUAUGAUAUCUCAUUCUACUCUGCGGGUGCCCUGCUGUUUGUGUGUGCUGCCCUGCACUGUGCAGUUCCCUUAGUCCAACGUUUAUGGAGCCAAGAAAAUAGACCGGUCACCUACACUACCAACGAAGAGUACUUAGCUGCAGUGCCAGAAGAAGGGGAGAGUGAAGCUGGGGUAUCACCAGAUGCAGGUGUUGGAAUUGUUCUGGAUAUCAAACCCAAAGACUUCGCUGUGGUGAUGCAAGAGACUGGGGAGAACAAGAUUAUGCUGGAUGCUACCCAAAACGAGAAGGGCAAAGAAAGUGUUUCCUCCCUGUGAAAGAAAGUAAAAUAAAGCCAAGUAACUUUAUCAUAUAUUUUGCAUAAUUUAUCAGAGACUUUCACAAAAAUAUUUGUAAGCUUACUAGUUGAGUGAAAAUGGACACUUAAGUGAAACGACCAGAGCAAGGCUAUAUCACAAGAAGUUUAAGUGCUGAAUAUCAUAGCCUGCUGAACUAAAUUUGUCUUUCAUUAUGUAGGCUUAUGUCAUACUCAAUAAAUAUAAAUAUGUAAA